AUGUUUCAGGAAGUAAAAGAUAUUGGUGGCGUUCCUCAUCAGAAUGCGAAUAUAAUCGAUUUCGAUGCUCAUCAAAUCAAUGGCAAGCAAGUUGAUGAUGUGGAAAUGUUGAAAUGUAACGAAAGUGAUAAGGAAAAUAGUGGUGGUGAUAAAUUGACUGAGACUGUUGCUGACCAACAACAGUAUUUGAGUAAAUUUUGUGAUGCGAUCGAUGAAGGAGGCACAUCGGCGCAAAGUCGCAAUUCCCAGUCAAAUUUACAGUUCACACUUAAUGGCAUACCAAUGAUGAGUGUUAAAACGUCGGAAUUACCGAUUGAGGCUGACUACGUAUUCGAUUUUUAUUGGAAUCCAACGGUUGUUGCGUGCAAUCCUGAUGAAAUGGAGGUUCGUAUCGCGAAUGCAAACGAUAUCGAGUUAUAUAUGGGUGGUGAUGAGGAGUCAGAGAGUAAUGCAAAUGCGGAUGAUGAAGAUGACUCGAACGAUGAGAAUAAUUGGCGCAAUGAUUAUCCGGAUGAAGAGGAGCAUGACUCUGAGGAGCACGAUAGUGAUUUCGAUGACUUGAAUGAGAAGUUUGAUGAUAUGGAUUUUUAUGGGCAAGGUGUUGGAAGUUCCGGUGAUGAGGAUGAUGAUGAUGACGAUAAUGAGAAAAAUGACUAG